GGUAAACGAUGGGUCUGUCGAACAGAGCAAUCAUCAUUGACGGAAAGAACCACCUUCUCGGUCGGUUGGCUUCCAUCGUUGCAAAGAAGCUUCUCCAAGGAGACAAGGUUGUCGUCCUCAGAGCUGAAGAGAUCGUCAUCUCCGGAAACUUCCACCGUUCCAAGCUGAAGUACAUGAGCUUCCUCCGCAAGCGUUGUAACAUCAACCCAGCCCGUGGAGCCUUCCAUUACCGUGCUCCAGGAAAGAUCUUCUGGCGUACCGUCAGAGGAAUGCUCCCACACAAGACCAACCGCGGAAACGAGGCUCUCAAGAACCUCCGCGCCUACGAAGGAGUUCCAGCCAAAUACCAGAAGACCAAGUCUCUCCAUGCCCCAUCAGCCAGCAGAUUCCGACUUCAACCAAGAAGAAAGUUCUGCGUCGUUGGACGCUUAUCGCACGAGGUCGGAUGGCAAUUCCAGGAUGUUGUUGCCAAGCUCGAGGCUAAGAGAAAGGUGAAGGGAGCCGCCUACUUCGAACAGAAAAAGAAGAUGGACAAGCUCGCCGUUCAAGCAAAGAAGAAUGCCGCCCCAAAGAUCGCUCAAUACCAGAAGAUCAUCGAGGCUCUUGGAUACAAUUAAAUCCAUGCACAAAUCUGUUUUGUUUGGUAUUAUAAAAUUGUUGACCAU